AUGGAGGCAACCACUGAUAUCGAGGUGACCGGGCUUACUACAUUUGCCCCACCUCCGUCUCCACCCUUCCGCUAUGCGAUCACACUGAAGGAAGAGCGCUUGAGCAUCUGGAUGGCGGAACUCGGGUCGAAGAAGCAAUGGUAUCUGGGUAACUUGGAGCAAGCGGACUACGUGAAGCCUCAGUAUAGCAUCCCCGGGGCCAGUGCUACCGACUAUUUAUUCUUCGACUUACUGAACGGCGAUGUGGAUGCGCGCAAACUGACAGCCUUGGCGACUGGAGACUCGUGGGUUGCAGUUUACGAGCUCACUCUCGCUCCUGGGUCUAUCGAAAGGGUCAACGACUUGGAAGAAAGGCUGCACUACAACGAGGACGAGUUGACUCGACUACGUACGGAAGCGAGUGCCCAGAACGCCAUGAUCCAGCGGCUGAAUGACAGUCUGAAUGCGUUGCAAGGUGACGAUGUGGAGCAAUUACGUGCGCAGCUGAAUGAGCAGCAAAUUAAGCUGGGGCAACAACACGAAGAGCUCCAAGAGCGCCACGUCGUCGUACUUGAAGCUACCGGGACAAAUGACAGGGGAAACGGUUGCUGGAACCAAGUGGCCUCAGCCGAUGUCGUUGUGGACGACGACAGCAGCGUUGUACGCGUUGCCCCGGCCGACGUUUACGUCGUUUAUGGCCUCGUUGAGGUCCCGCACGAGGAUUUCCAUCAGAGUGCGUGGCUCCUCAAGAAUGGCAAGAAGUACCGCCCAAGCUACGACGUGGGCGUUUCUGUAAGUGGCGUGUCCUACACUUUGGUCGCUGCAAUGAUUCCACUACGGGAAGGAGAUAUAUUCCGAUUCAACAGCGUGAAAGAUGUUCAAGCGUUCCCGUUCGCGUACAUUUGGGGCAUGAGCAACCGCGCCGACUCGGAUACCCAGUGA